CCCCUCCAUAUCAUGUGAUUCAAGGUGUUCCAAUGCCCUCCAUAUCAUGUGAUUCAGGUGUUCAAUCCCCUCCAUAUCAUGUGAUUCAGGUGUUCCACAUCCCCUCCAUAUCAUGUGAUUCAGGUGUUUCAAUCCCCUACAUGGACACAGGUGUAUACAAUCAAGCCCAUAGGCAUGCAGACGGCUUCUACAAACAUUGACGGGCAAUAGCUAAAGACCUCCCAAACAUGGUGUGGCCUUCAGAUGAGCCAACAACAGUGCGGUAGUUAGAGAGCUUCAUGGGAAUGGGUUUCCAUGGC